CACUUACUGAAUUCGGCUGUGUCAUCAUCACGAGAACUUAUCUAAAUAUUCGACGAACCCAAUCAAAUUAAUAAACAAUUUGUUUCCUAAUAAUUAAAAUAAGAAAAUACUUUGUGAUUGGAACGACCUUUGCGACCUUUAAUCAGCUGAUUAGUGUACAAUGUAGGACGAAAAAUCUUGUUUUUUUUUGGCAAAAUAAACACGGGGAUGCCUCUCUAAAUUAAUUUACCGAAAAACUGAUCAUUCUUGCGAGAAACCAAAAAAUUUCAAUUUUUUGUCGCUUCAGAAUUUUACAUUUUUUCCCGUAUUUGAGACAUUAUUUACGUCUUAAACAAUACACCUGACUGUUUUUUUUUCAAAAAUGUUAAUUAACAGCCACGAUUAAAAAAAUAAAACUUUUAAUUUUAAAUUUGGCACCCAAAUUUAUGUCAAAUGUUAAGUGUCAAGUGACAUUUGAGGUUAGAUUGUUUAUUUACGUUCACAAACGUUUGAAAUAGUGCGUUAUGUCGCUCUUCCCGGCUUACGCUGGUGAAAGUGCCCCCCCAGAGCAGCCCCCGCACACCCCCCAGUGGCUCCAAAACCCCAGCUUCAGUAUCGACGUGACCGGAGCGCCGGAGCAGCCCCCUGAAGAGGAACCGCCACAAGCUGAUGACAGUCCCGAGCCAAAAAAACGCAAAAAGAAGCAUAAACAUAAAGACAAACCGGUUGUUGAUGACAAUAAAUUAGAGGAAGAGGGUUUUAUUCUUGAUACAGUUCGGACUAAAGAAUUUUUAACUGUGAAAACAAUCGCCCGGCCCUCGGCCCCGCGUUACUCGGUCCGGUAUUACGUAACGGGGGCUCGGACGGCCCGUAAACGUAAAAAAAUCAAACGGUAUUACCACUGGUCAUUUCUCCUUGAAGAUAAAAAGGAAGGGGAAGAGGAAGUCAUAACUGAAAAAAAUCGUGACUCGCUUGAGGGAAGCAAAAAAGAUGAGAAUUUCGCGGGGUUUAAGCAGGAAGAGGAUUUGUCGCAAACCACGGCUUCGUUUAACAAAAAGUUGGCCGAGAGCCCCCAUGAUAUUAAGUUGUGGCUGGAGUACGUCAAUUUCCAGGAUAUGGUGUACCAGUUUGAAAAAACCUACCGGAAAGGAAGCAUUGCCAAAGGUUUGAGAGUGUUAGCUGAACGAAAACUGGCGAUUUUGGACAAGGCCUUGACCCACAAUCAAAAUUGCGAGGAAUUAUUAAGGGAGAGACUCAAUGUGGCCGUCAGUAUUUACCCCUCUGAUGAGUUACAAGUCCAGUUGAAAAACCUAGUUGAUAAAGACCAGGGGAACAUUAUUCUAUGGCAAGGCUACAUUGAGUCAAUCCAGUGCUCCAUGUCUCACUGCAACACCCCUUCAGUCCUCGACUUGUACACAAAGUGUCUCUCGAUUUUGCACAAACUGCGGCGCAACUCAUCAAUGGAGAAGGCACAACUCGAGGAAAACAUUUUAAAAAUGCUCUACCAAUGCGGUCUAUUUUUGAAGCAAGCCGGCUUGUUUGAACAACUCUGGACCCUCUUGCGCCUAUACCUCGAACUAAAUCUAUCCCCAACCGACAAGAACAAGUUCAAUAUCGGGUCAGGCUUUGACGAGAAACAAUUGGUCGAAUUGGAGGAAGUUGUCUUCAACUCGCAACUCCCCCUCCAUGAGUUGUGGCUUCGCACGGAAAAACUGAGGGAGGCGUGCCAUUGGCUGCCUUGGAUGGAAGACGGUGAGUGUGAGGAUCCACAACGAUUGGUCUUCCCUGAUGAUGUAGCCGAGUUGAUUCACCCAAUCACAAUGCCCGAAAAUAUGUUUCGACUAAUCGCAACAAUCUUAUCACUUUUGAAAAUCCCGAUCUUGUUUUGUCGGCAUAGUACGAUGCAGGAGUUGGGGUUGGAUUACGUGCCGUGGGCUCUAGAUUCGAUAGAGUCGCUGAUUGGGAUUUUUUUGCCCCUGUACCCGAUUGAUUUGACUAACAAGAACCUGGUCAUUGAUAGUCGGUUAUCGGUGGGGCCCCAAUAUUUGAAAGUCUUGCCCGGACAAGAGGAGUAUUUGAGUUUUGUCCUAACGACGAUGAAAAGUUGUACCGAGUGUUUGAGUGGGGACGACAAAAUUGCAAUGACAGUCUGGUGGUUGCGCUUCCAGAGAUUGCUAAUUAUUCUGGAAAAGCAAGGGCGGUUUAAAAUGCCACAAGGACUAGCCAAAAAAAUCAAAUCUAACGUCAAAAAUUUACUCAAACAAGAGGAAAAUCGUAGUAACACGAUUUUCUACUGCGAGUAUGCGUUAAUUGAGUUUGAAUUGGGGAAUCCCCAAACUUGCUUAAACAUAAUCCAGACUGCUUUGUCCUUCCAUAAGCCAAUUUUGGCCGAAAAGGCGUCUCGGUGUCACUUGCAUCGGACUUUGGUCGAAGUUUGUUUAAGUCAGGGCAAGGAUUCGGACGCUUUACAGCACCUAAUUUGUUACGCCCUCGAAAAAACGAACAUUGAGUCAAUCAAUGACGACCUCCUCAACCAAACAACCCUCAAAUUUAAACACACGACCUUGCAGUUGCUCCAAACCGAGCUGGAAAAACUCCCAGUCGCGAAUCAAUUUUUACCGAAUUUUUUCACCGAUUGGAUCAUUUGUAACGGUUGGUUUUUGUACCUAACUAAAGGGGCACUCCAGUGUGGCACAUUCCUUGAAAAUAUCUUAGCCGACUUGGACGAGAAACACGAAGGGAUGUUGUGGCAAAAGGAGGUUUUGUUCGAGUUUUACGUCGCUGUCCUCUUCAAACACUGUGUGGCGAACCCCGGCUUUGGCGUUUUUAAAAUACUGGACGAUGUUUUAACUCGUGCUGUUGAACUUUACCCUAAUAAUCUCUUCCUGUUGGCCGUUUUGGCCAAGGAACAAAGCGUCACGUGUUGUGCGGGGUCGCAGUGGUGGAAAUUGAAAAGUUUGUUGAUGAAAACGGGGCGCGCUUUCCCGAUUUUGUUCCUCGUGCUGAUCGCGAACCAACAAAUGGUUGAGACGCAGGAAAAGUACAUUGAGACUUUUUCAGGUCGUAAAUACGAGGUGAGCGACAGUCAUAAAAACCGGAUGUUGGCCCUUUUCCGCCACAUCACCAGGCCGGAGAUGUGCACCAGGCGGUGCGGGCUAGUUUGGAGGCUGUACUUGCAAUUUGUUCACGCGUAUUUUGACCCGAAUUUGUGUAGGAAUGUGUAUUUUUGCGCCGUCGAAGAAUGUCCGUGGUUGAAAGCGUUGUAUAUCGAUGCUGCGAUUUACAUCCCGGCUGAGUUGGCUCAGAUCCAGGACUUGUUGAUCGAGAAACAGCUGCGCAUUCAUGUGACGCCCGAGGAGUUGGACGUUUUGCGCAGUUGAGGGCCUUUCUGUGAUAUUCCAUUUUAUUUCACAUAAAUUAAACAAAAAUAACACUCGUUAAUUAUGGAAUUAGUUGGAAAUAAAUAAAAAAUACUACAUAAAACAAA